AUGGAGAUCACCAAGGAUCACGUGAAACAGAAGACGGCAUUCACACUGAAGAGAUUUCAUAUUUCUGAAGAUUACGGUUUCCUUCUUCCAGAUCCACUGAAAGAACUUCCUCCUUUCUAUAAUCCAUGGAUGGAGAUUGCUCACAGACUGACUUACUUGAUUGAGAGCCAUCAACUUCGUUCCCAUGUGAACAAGAUGCCUCUACUAAGCUGCCAGUACCUCCAAGGCCACCGAGAACUGUAUUUGGCCCAUCUGGUCCUGAGCUGCAUCACAAUGGGCUAUGUCUGGCAAGAAGGUGAAAAAGGGGCUGCCAAGAUCUUGCCACGAAACCUGGCCAUCCCCCUUGGACAAGUCUCUGAAAUGCUAGGUCUGCCUCCUAUCCUGGUCCACACAGAUUUCGUUUUGGUGAACUGGAAGAAAAAGAAUCCCCAUGGGCCUCUGGAAAUUGAGAACCUGGAGCCCAUAGUUAGUCUGCCUGGAGGACCUAGCACCACCGGGUUUAUGCUUGUCAGUUUUCUGGCUGAGAAAGCUGCUGCACCAGGACUCAAGGCACUGGCCAAGGCUGUGACUGGACUCCUUCAGCCAGAUGAUGAAAUCCUGGUUGACGCGUUGCAAGAAGUGACAAACACAGUUCAAGAAAUGACCAAAGCUAUGAAGAAAACACAUGAUUAUGUGGAUCCUUCAAUAUUUUAUGGAGUGACAAGAAUAUUUUUUUCUGGUUGGAAAGAUAACCCUGUUUUACCAGAAGGGUUAUUGUAUGAAGGCCUAUGUGAACAGCCUCUGGCGUACUCUGGGGGCAGUGCAGCCCAAAGUUCCACCCUGCAUGCCUUUGAUGAGCUGCUUGGUAUCCAACAUCAGAAGGAGAGCGCUGCAUUUUUGCACAGGAUGAGAAAAUAUAUGCCCCCUCACCAUCAAGCGUUCAUUGAAGAAAUCCGAUCUGUCCCUCCACUGAAGUGUCAUGUCUUAUCUUCUGGAAACAAAGACCUCCAAUCCACGUAUAACAAGUGUGUGGCUGCCCUUUCUGAGCUGAGGACCUACCAUAUCACCAUGGUCACCAAGUACAUCAUCAUAGCAGCUAGAAAAGCCAAGACCAAGCUGGGCAAAACUGUUCCUCAAACAACGAGUCCUCCAUCUUUCUUGGAAGGGGUAGGGACUGGUGGCUCACGGGUUCUGAACUUCUUAAAAAGUGUCCGGGACACAACAAGAGAAGCUAUGAUACAACUCUAA